UUUGAGUUUGCAUGGAGCAAAAUUAAAUGCAAAAAUGUUCAUCAUUACAGUGGCGGAUCUAGAGGGGGUUCUUUGGGUUCAAUUGAACCCCCCUUUGAGAAAGAAGUGAGUGGGAGGCUCAAGCAACUAAUUAGCAAGUUGUUCCUUUCUUACUACCUUUCACAUGCACUUCUCACUAACCUUUAUAGUCCUUGUUAGUCCUGCGAAGGUUUGUCUGUGCAGUUUCAGUGACUAUGAAGUCUCCAGCGUAUAGUGCAUACAGAUUGCUUAUGAAAAGUGAUAACCUUUUUUUUAGGAAAAAAUUCGGUGUUGUGUUAAUGCAUAUGCUCACUGUUUCGAAGAAGUGACGACCUUUUUUUUAGGUAAAAUAACAGUCCUUGACCCGCUCAGAGCCCUGGAACCCCCUUUCAAGAAUCCUGUAUCCGCCACUGCAUUAUGAUGUGUGUAUAAAAGCUAUUAGCUUUAUGUUAUGUAGCUUUUGGUAUCUCCACCGAGGCAUCAGCACCCGCGGUGCUUUCAUUUUUCUAGCUGUAAGGUUGUGUCAAAUUAACGGAAGUUAGCUUUCGUCCAAGGUGCCAGUACAUGCAGACAAGACAUCAGCUAGAAUUGAUCCUAGAUUAGGUUUUGACUGGGAGCGAUUUGGCCCAUUCAAGUUGUCACUGGUUAGUAGACUUGUCCCACAUAUUGGUGUGUGCAAUUUGUAAGAAUCAAUGUGUUCGUGAAUUGCAUGAACAUUUUAUAAAAUUAAUGAUGCAGUGCGACUUACUCCGUAUAUAGAGAUCAGUAUAAAAGAAUUUAAUCAUGUGAUUUUUCUGUAAGUUAAUUUCUGUCACAAUGCAUAUAGUUCCAUAAAUGGCUGAUGACAGCCAGUCAAGUGAUACUCUCCUGCACACUGCUGCAAGCUGUGGGGACUUAGAUGAGGUCAAAGAGCUGUUGAAAACGAAGCAAUAUGAAGUGGACGUCAGAAACUCACACAACCAAACAUCUCUUCAUCUUGCAUGUGCUAAUGGUCAUCUCGAUACGGUUUGGACACUAGUCAAUGACUUUGGUGCUGACAUAGGAGCUUCUGAUUAUGGCAGAAAUACACCAUUGCUUAUUUCUGCCAAGAACAAGCGUGUGCAAAUAAUUAUCAUGUUGAUCCUAUUAUCACUGUAUGGAAACAACAACUGUUUCUUUAGUUACAGUGAGAUGGAUUCUCAUGACGUUAAAAUCUUUGAGGAUGUCCUCUUCGAGUAUUAUAAUGAUUCUGAGGCUGUGGAGAAAACUAUGCAUCUGAUAGGCAAAUACUUUGUUGAUGACAUUCGAUUCAAGGAUUAUAAAGAUGAUGGCUUUAUUACAUUGUUUGUAGCUGCAUCACUUGGUCUCAAAGACUUGCUUAACCGUUUAGUUACAGAGAAAAAAACAGACCUAAAUAAAAAAGGGUUCUAUGGCUUGUCUGUUCUCCACGGUGCCUGUGUUGGAGGACACGUACUGCUCACAGAGAACCUUAUUUCAGAACAUGGUAUGGACCUUUCACAGAAAGAUAACAGCGGGUAUUCAAUUUUGCAAUACGCUGCAUCAAUUGGGAUUCCCUAUUCAUUCAAUGGUGGUCAUAUAGAACUGAUAGAUAAACUGGUAUUGGAAUAUGGCCUCGAUAUUGGAGAUAGAGAUAAACAUGGAGACACACCUCUACAUAUGGCAGCCUACGAAGGACGUGUUGAAACAGUGAGACACCUGAUCAGUAAGUACAGUGCUGAUGUUGAAUGCACUAAUAAUCAGAACAAUACACCAUUGAUGCUAGCUGCACUGAAUGGUAAUUCAGAUGUUUUGGAUGCGUUAGUCAAAGAAUUCAACAGUAGUUGUCAUGUUCGAGGAUACAAUCGUCGUACACUCCUUCACUACGCAUGCCAGGGUGGCCAUAUAGAACUAAUAGAUAAAUUGGUGACGGAAUAUGGCCUCGAUUCUACAGAUAGAGAUGAUGAUGGAUGCACACCUCUACAUAUUGCAGCCACGUCCGGACGUGUUGAAGCAGUGAGACACCUGAUCAUUAAGCACAGUGCUGAUGUUGAAUGCACUAAUAACCAAAACAGUACACCAUUGAUGCUAGCUGCACUGAAUGGUAAUUCAGAUGUUUUGGAUGCGUUAGUCAAAGAAUUCAACAGUAGUUGUCAUGUUCGAGGAUACAAUCGUCGUACACUCCUUCACUAUGCAUGCAAGGGUGGCCAUAUAGAACUGAUUGAUAAACUGGUGCUGGAAUAUGGCCUCGAUUCUACAGAUAGAGAUGAUGAUGGAAACACACCUCUACAUAUUGCAGCAUUGUACGGACAUGUUGAAACAGUGAGACACCUGCUCAGUAAGUACAGUGCUGAUGUUGAUUGCACCAGUAAGCAAAACAGUACACCAUUGAUGCUAGCUGCACUGAAUGGUAAUUCAGAUGUUUUGGAUGCGUUAGUCAAAGAAUUCAACAGCAGUUGUCAUGUUCGAGGUUACAAAGGUCGUAUUCCCCUCCAUUACGCAUGUCAUGGUGGUCACAUAGAACUGGUAGACAAACUGGUGACAGAAUAUGGCCUCAAUGUCGGAAUUAGAGAUAAUGAUGGUGACACACCUCUACAUAUUGCAGCCAUGCAAGGACAUGUUGAAACAGUGAGACGCCUGAUCAGUAAGCACAGUGCUGAUGUUGAUUGUUCUAAUAAUCAGAACGCUACUCCAUUGAUGCUAGCUGUACUGCACAAACAUGUGACUGUUUUGGAUGUGCUAGUCAAAGAAUUCAACAGCAGUUUUCAUGUCCGAGAUCACAAUGGUCAAACUCUCCUUCACUAUGUAUGCAAUGGUGGUCAUAUUGAAAUGAUAGACAAACUGGUGUUGGAAUUUGGCCUCGAUCUCAAAGAUAGAGACAGUAAAGGAAACACACCUCUACAUAUUGCAGCCUGGUUCGGUCAUGUUGAAGUAGUGAGACACCUGAUCAGUAAGCAUAGUGCUGAAAUUGAUUGCACUAAUAACGAGAACAAUACUCCAUUAAUGAUAGCUGCACUGAGGGAUCAUCCCCAUGUUUUGGAUACGUUAGUCAAAGAAUUCAAUAGCAAUCGUCAUGUCCGAUACCAAGGUUAUACUCUCCUUCACUCUUCGUGCAGGCGUGGCCAUAUAAAACUGAUAGACAAACUGGUAAUUAAAUAUGGCCUCAAUGUCAGAGAUAGAGAUAAUGAUGGAAACACACCUCUACAUAUUGCAGCCAUGAAAGGACAUGUUGAAACAGUGAUACUUCUGAUUAAGAAGUACGGCGCUGAUAUCGAUUCCAUUAAUAAUAAGAAUAAUACACCAUUGAUGCUAGCUGCGCAGACUGGUAAUACAGGUGUUGUGGAUGCGUUAGUCAAACAAAUUGAAAGCAGUUGUAAAGUCCGAGGAUAUAAUGGUCGCACUCUCCUUCAUCAAGCAUGUUAUCGUGGUCAUAUAGAACUGAUAGACAAACUGGUGAUGGACUAUGGCCAUGAUCCCUCAGAUAGAGAUGAUAAUGGAGACACACCUCUACAUAUUGCAGCUUCUAGAGGUCAUGUUAACACAGUGCAGCACCUGAUUAUUAAGCACAGUGCUGAUAUUCAUUGCACUAACAAUAGCAACAACACUCCAUUGGAGAUAGCUAUACUCAAUGAUCAUGUGCUUGUUUUGGAUGCGUUAGUCAAAAAAUUCAACGAAAGUCAUCAUGUCCGAGUCCGAGGUUGUACUGUUCUUCACUAUGCAUGCGAUCGUGGCCAUAUAAAACUGAUAGACAAACUGAUGAUGGAAUAUCAUCUUAAGCUCACAGAUUAUGGGUUUGCCCGUUCGGAUAGAGAUAGUGAUGGAAACACACCUCUACACAUUGCAGCCAUUAAAGGACAUGUUGAAACAGUGAGACACUUGAUUAUUCAGCACAAAGUUGAAACCAAUAUCACUAACAAUAAGAACUCUACCCCAUUGUGUUUAGCAGCUAAAGGUGGGCACCAGGUUGUGCUUCAUGCUCUGAUUGAAGAGUUCCAUUGCAGUCCACAUAUCAGAGGCUACAAUGGUCGAACUCUGCUUCACUAUGCUUGCAAAUAUGGCCAUAUAGAAACUUUAAACAUUUUAAUAUCAAAAUAUAAGGUGGAUUCAACAAUUAGAGACAACAAUGGGAACACACCUCUGCAUAUUUUCUGUCAUGUACCUCAUACUGAAGAAGAGAAGCUGAGAACAAUCCUUUGCGAGUACCAGUACUGGACAGUGUUUCAAGUUAAUAAUAAUGGUAACACCCCUCUUCACACAGCAACUCUAUAUGAACAAACUUAUUGUGCACGCUUACUAUUACAGAAAUACAAUGCUCCACUUUUUGUGCGAAACAAGGAUGGGAAGACCGCCCUUGAUUUAGCGAAAGCUCAGAAAAGCCACGAAAUUGUUACAGUUUUCAAAAAUUAUAAUUCCGAAAUCCAAUCAAUCUAUCGGCAACUAAACAAACUUUCUCAGCGAGCGUUUAGUGGUGAGAAAAAUCUCACCAGAAUAUUUGUUGUAGGUCAUCCAGGUGCAGGGAAAUCCACGCUUGUUGAAACUCUCAAAACAGAAGGUUUGAUCAGCUACUUCAGCACAUCAACUGUUGCCCCCCACACUGCAGGCAUUGUUCCGAGUACUUAUGACAGUAGUGUUUAUGGAAGAAUGAUACUCUAUGAUUUUGCUGGUGAUUCCGAGUACUACUCCUCACAUGCUGCAAUUAUGGAGUCAAUCAACACAUCGAAAGGAAGUAAUAUCUAUUUGAUAAUUUGUGAUUUGAGUAAAGGUAAAGAAGCUGCUGAUACGAAAUACAGGUAUUGGCUUUCAUUUCUAUCCUACAAUAUUAAGCAAUUCUCAAACACAGUUAUUUUACCAGUGGGAAGCCAUGCUGAUGUCAUUAAAAAAGCAUCAGUGGAAGAAGUAUUAUAUAAACUGGACAGUACAUCACAACAUUUCUGUAGCAGUUCCAAGAUCGAUCAUUUUAACAUCGAACAAAGUGUUGCUCUUGAUUGUCGUAAACGAGGAGCUGUAGUAAACGAUAUAAAGAAACUUACUAAGAGAUUCUCUGAAUCAGUAUCCCCCAUUGGACUUUCCCCUGAGACAAGCACUCUCUUGGGAUUGUUGAAGAAAGACUUUGAACAUGUCCCAGCUUGCAAAGUAAGCCUCCUUAUCUCUCACAUUGAAGAGACUGGAAUUCCGCUGCCACUAAAUUCUUCAUCACUAUACACUCUCAUAAGAGAGUUACAUGAUUUGGGUCUACUAAUGGUGAUAGAGAGAGAAGGGGAUUCCAUUGAGAGCCACAUAAUCAUUCUCAAGAUAUCAACAUUCACAUCGGAUGUACACAAAAAACUUUUUUCAGAGUCUGCUAAAGCUGACCUCACCAAGCACAUCGAUCAACUCAAGUUCAGCGUAGGCAUUAUUCCAGAAUCACUACUGGAGAGAGUACUGCCAGAGUACAUCACAAAAGAAAGUCUACUUAAACUGCAGUACUGUCAAGAAAUCGAGAAUUUGAACGUGGAAGAGGACCACAAUGUUUCUCAACUCACUUCGGGGCCAGUACCAACAGAAAGUACCACUAAAGAGAAAUCUUAUUUAUUUUUCCCUGCUCUAUGUGAUCUCAAACUCGAGGAAAUUCAAUGGCCUAAAUCCGAAUUUGAUAGGGUAACUUUGGGAUGGUAUGCUAAAUGUGAUGCUGACAGCUUUGACUUCUUUCCAACACGAUUUCUUCAUGUGCUUAUUGUUCACCUCUCUCACAACUUUGCACUAAAACAAAGCUUGCCCACAAGCUCCACUACAGCUUCCGAUUCUUUGAUUGCUGAAAUACAUGCUGCCAAUCCUAGCUGUCGUGUCUGGUCGACUGGUCUUCAUUGGCUUAUGAAGAACGGAGUUGAGGUAUUUGUCGAUAUGCCUAAAGAUGGUGAUAGUAAAGAAUUGAUUGUACUAGCAAGAAGUGACGUCCGAAAUCAAGCCAAAUGUUCCAACACUCUGCAACUAGUUAUUCAAAAGGUAGUAGAAGCAAAAAUGGAGUUCUGUGCUAGUAUAGUGCCAACUGUUUACCUUCUUGAUCCGAACGACCUCAAGGACAAACCUUUUACGAAUGCUAUAAAUUCACCUAAAUACGCUCUCAGAGAUAUCGAAGAAGCACUAGCAGAAGGCACUGAGGAAGUUGCCGAUAAAGACAGACAUUGCUUCUCCACUCCAAUCAAAGAUUGGAUCAGCCCAACAAGAUGGGCCAUAUCUUACUGGAAUCUGUUUUUUCCAAUGGAUACCUUCUUGGUCCUUUCUGCUUUGCAAGAAGUAAAGGAUGCUCAAUGGAAACUGCUAGGAAUGAGUCUUCCAACCCCCUGGAACAAAUUAGAUGACAUUGAGAAUAAUGACUCAUCGUUCCCAGGUAAUAAUGCUAAGAAAGAAGAAGUAAUUCGACUAUGGAUGUCUCAAGAACCAACCUGGAUAGUGUUGGUAGAGGCUCUCAGUCAAUCUGCAUAUGGAUGGUCACAGAAUUCUAGUCAAAUCUCACAACAGCACAAUGUGCCUCUACAAAAGAAAAUUCUCGAAAAUGAUUCAUCUCUUCGUCCUGACAAGGACUUUCUCCAAUCGUGUGCUGCCGUCAUUGGCUCUCGUUGGCAGUGUCUUGGUUUUCCCCUCUCCCUCACUUCUGAAGACAUUGUAAGCAUCAAGAGAGAGACAAGAGGAACAGAGCCGACCAGACAAGCACUCGUCAUGCUACAGAAAUGGGCAGCCAGGGAAACGGCAACUUUUGGUCAGUUGAGAGAGAAACUUCGUACACUCUCAGUGUUUCAUAUCUGAGAAAAGUAUGUAGAUAAUUAUAGCUGCUUACGAAAAUGUAUCACCUUGUUUAUGUCAAUGAUUUUUCAGAACUCAACAAUUCACACAUAAGUACUUCACUUUUAUUUUUACACUUCCCAGCAAUACACUGUAUAUAACUUUCAAAAAAAAGCACAUAAUUUUGUUAGCCUUUACUAGUUUCUUCAAUUCUUAUAAUGCUUCCUGAAGUAAGUUUUGUACUGCAGCUAGAGCUUCAACUAGUGUUGUACAAAACUUCUGUAACAGCUCCAAGAUUGAUGAUUUAUGAAACGUUGCUUUUGAUGUCGUAAACUAGAAGCUGUGAAUGACUUAUCGUCUUCUGUCGGAUUUUCCCCAGAGACAAGCUCUCCUCUGGGAUUGUUGAAAAAUACCUUGACUACAUUCCAGCUUGCAAAGUAUAAUUAUAAGCCUCCUUAUCUCUCACAUAUAGAAGAGACUGAAAUUCCGCUCACACCCAAAGAGAGUUACUCGCAUCAGAUGUACCUAUAAUCAUAUAAUUAUUGUCAAAGUCUGUUAAAGCAGAUGUCACCAAUUACAUCGAUCAACUCAAGCUCAGUGUAGUCAUAAAUAAUUAUUACAGAAUCACUACUGCAUGGAAAAAGUUCUACCAGAAUAUACCACAAGCUGCAGUACUGCCACGAAAUUGAGAAUGUGUACGUGGAAGAGUACCACAGUCUCAACUCACUUCAGAACCAGUACCAACUGAGAGUGCCACUAAAGAUAAAUCUCGUCUGUUCUUUUUAUCUCUGGGUGGCAGGUGACAAGAUUACCCAGGAUUUUAUGCUAAAUGUGAUGUUGACAGAUUUGACUAUUUCCUAACGAUUUCUUAAUCUCAUUUCUCUCACAGCUUUUCAUGAAAACUAAAGCUUGCUAACAAUUGCAAGCGGAUGCUCUCUAUAACAACUUCUCAAUUUCUGAUUCUUCUACUGCUAAUAGUUAUUUGAUUCCAGAGAUCCAAUUAUGCUCCAAUCCUCGCUGUCAUGAUAUGUCUGGUCGACUGGUCUACAUUGGCUUAUGAAGAAUGGAGUGGAGGUAUUUGUCGAUAUGCCUAAAGACGCUGAUAGAGGAAAGUACUGAUAGUGAAAAGUGGCAACAAAAUAUAUGCGCUCUGCGUCUAGUUUCAGAAUGUUGUGGAAACAAACUCCUUCUUGAUCCGAGCAAUCUCAAGAAUGAAACUUUUACGAAUGCUAGAAAUGCACAUAAAAUAAUAUGCUUCUAAGAGUAUUGAUGCGUGAAGCAUUAGCAGAAAGAACUAAGCGACUCAUGGAAAGAAGGACAUUACUUCUCUAUUCUGAUAAGGGACAAUGCUUCUCUAUACAUCCGAUGAAGAUUGGGUCAUCCCAAAAGAUGGAUUACAUCUACUGGAUCAAGAUAUAUCCACAACUCUUAAUGUUGCGCAGGCACUGAAAAUGCCCUACUUCAAUCAAAGAUUGGAUCAGCUCAGAUUUGUUGUUUCCGAUGUGUGAGUCCAUGAUUGACUCUGCUUUGAACUGCUUAGGAAUGAAACGAAGCAUCAUUCCCUGGUGAUAUUGCCAAAUAGUAUAAUUCGACUGGAAAGUCUCAAGAACCCACCUGGAAAAUUUUAGUAGAGGUUCUCGCAGUCAACCUACGAUUGGAUUGUCCAACAAAUCUCACACGAGCACAACGUGCUUCUAUACAAGAAAAGCAAUCAUCUGUCCGUCCUGACGAUUCCAAUCAUUUGCUGCCAUCAUUGGCUCUAGAUGGCAGUGUCUUACUUCUCCCUUCUCCCUCACUUCUGAAGACAUUGUGAGCAUCAAGAGAGAGACAAGAGGAGCAGAGCCUACCCGACAAGCACUCGUCAUGCUGCAUGGUCAUGCACUUUUCGUGUUCCAUAUCUGUACCACAUUAUGUUAGAUUUAGCUGCAUGCAUUCAAUUGCACUUACAUACUGUAGAUAUAGCUGUUCAAUCCAACACAUGUUUGUGUCACUGAACUUUCAGAACUCAUGCCUUGCCACUUAAGGGCAAAAAUUACUUUUACACUUCCAAUCGUUACUUUUUCUACUGUUAUGUUCUGUGUAAAGCAACAUCUUACGUCCUUCAAAAUUAGCACAUUUUUGUUACUACUGUACAGUUAUUCUAAUGUUGUCAAUUCUGACAUGAAUGAAAUGAAUUU